GAAUAGAAAUAUUUUACAGUACAAUCCUAUCCCUGCUCUAGUCUGCCAGUAGUGUCGCAUGCUUCCUCAGAUUGUUUACUUGUACGGGUUUAGUCUCUAUUAGCUCUCACACACCCCCUCCCUGCCUUUAGCCCUCCCAUUCUCUCACCAAGAACCAAAGCUGAGACACAGCAACAGUCCGCCAAAGCAGGCAAUCGCUGAAGAGCGGGUCAACUUUUUUGUCCAUAUUGUUUUUCUCAAGGUCCACUCUCUCAGGACAAAUAUGCUUCACCUGACAGUAGGACGAGUGGGGUUCUUGCUUUCCAGGCGCGCAGUGGUGGGACUGACCAACAGUGGUGCGAGGAUGUCAAGCCAUAGCCACCACGAGGUAUCUGACCAGGUGGACAUGUCCCAGCCAAUGUACUGGGAUCGUCUGGACACCCCUCUGCCAGACAGAGCAUGGAUUGAUGUCCUUGAUUCUAAGGAUAAGAGCCUGAAACAGAAGGAGAAGGGGCCAUGGACUGCACUGUCCAAGGAGGAAAAAAUUGCCUUGUACAGGUUGAAGUUCAACCACACUUACCCUGAGAUGAAGAAGCCAUCCCAUGAGUGGAAGACUGUGAUUGGUGGGAUGUUCAUCUUCUUUGGCAUCACUGGUCUGGUGGUGUUUUGGCAGGGCCACUAUGUGUACCCACCUCAACCUCACACUUUUGGUGAGGAGUGGCAGGCUAAGCAGGUUCAGAGGAUGCUGGACAUGCGGGUCAACCCAAUUGAGGGCUUUUCUGCCAAGUGGGACUACAAGAACAAACAAUGGAAGUAAAUUAAGUAAGGGAAAAGACGGGAUACUGUACUGAAAUGAGGAGCGGUUGGACUUGACAAUACCUUGAGCCUCUGUUUAGCCAACAGCCUCUUCUUCCACCAUAGUGGCAAGCUACCCAUCUGAAUCCAUCCCCAUACUGUUUAAGUAAAAAAUUACAAAAACGG